GUCCUCGCGUAAGGAAUAAGGAUUUGAAAAACUCCCUUUUUGUUGUGCAAACCCGAAGAAGGAAUAUUUUAUAGUUAGGACAUUGGCUUCUGGAAAACUCCCAAGAGCAGCAGCAGCGCGAAUUCUUCCGCUAAUCGCAGCUUUUGUACUUCCAAAAAAAAUGGCGUCGGGCGGCAUGGGAGGAGUGGUGGAGUGGCACCUAAGGCCACAAGUACAAAAGAAUCCAGUUGUGUUUUUUGACAUAACCAUCGGCAACAUUCCUGCUGGUCGCAUCAAGAUGGAGCUCUUCGCCGAUAUCGCUCCCAGAACUGCUGAGAAUUUCAGGCAACUGUGCACGGGAGAAUUCAGGAAAGCAGGAGUACCACAAGGUUUCAAGAAUUGUCAGUUCCAUAGGGUGAUUAAGGAUUUCAUGAUUCAAGGUGGUGAUUUCCUAAAGGGAGAUGGUAGUGGAUGUGUUUCCAUAUAUGGAAGCAAGUUUGAGGAUGAAAACUUUAUUGCCAAGCACACUGGUCCUGGCCUAUUGUCAAUGGCAAAUAGUGGACCAAACACUAAUGGAUGUCAGUUCUUUGUCACAUGUGCAAAGUGCGACUGGCUUGACAACAAGCAUGUUGUUUUUGGGCGUGUUCUUGGAGAUGGUCUUUUAGUGGUCAGAAAGAUUGAGAAUGUGGCUGUUGGAGCUAACAACAAACCGAAGCUGGCAUGCAUGAUUGCUGAAUGUGGGGAGAUGUAACUGGUGAAGAAGAAAUAUACACAUAGUGAUAUGGUCUAUUGACACUAAGGUUUCAGCACAUGAAAGCACUCAUCUGUACCUGGUUACAUUUCCUUGGCUUAGUCUAGAGGGCUUGUUAAGUUGAUUCAUGAGCUCUUAAUGAAUUUUUUUGACAAUAGACAGUGGACUCUCUCUCUCUCUCUCUCUCUCUCUCUCUCUCUGGGUGAACUAUUGGAGUAUAAAAUUUAGUCUCAAAAGCUUUUUUGCUUGAGCUUGA